AUGGUCACAAAAUAUUUGUUCACAAUCCUCGCCAUUGCGGCCAGCACAACAUACGCACAAAGUUGCCAAAACCCACAAGUGGAAGCUGCAUCGUUCACAAGUUUAGAUGCGACUGUGGUCACUCAAAUAGCUUAUAUUACAGAAUUUACUUUAAAAUGUGACAAUCCUUUGCCACCAAACUAUGCUCUAUAUGCCGAAGUUGAUGGAAAGUCAUUGACGGCAGCUCGCAUUGGGGAAAACAAAUAUCAGGUGUCUUGGACUGAAGAGCCUUCCAAGGCUCGGUCUGGUGUCCAUGAAAUCCACAUCUUAGACGAAGAAGGCUUUGCGUCCUUACGCCGAGCACGCCGUAGUGACCCAGCUGCAUCUGUAUCUCCCUUACUCGCUAUUCAGCUCAACCACCCAGGAAGUUACUCUGGCCCCUGGGUAAACUCUGAAGUCCUUGCCACAGCCCUCUCUGUCAUUGUCGCUUACACAGCCCUCCGCAACAAAGGAAACAUCCUAGCGUAG